GCAACAACACGUAUAAUGAAACAGCCACCGUGCCACGUAGAGGACCAUCUGCACGCCUGCACAACAUUUGUUCCAAAAGUUUUCCUUGCCUCUGUGCCCUGUGGUUGUCUCGGUCUGGCUGUAGUGUGUAAGAAUGCUGCUGUCGGUGCUGAGCUGGCUCUGCUCCUCUCUGCUUCUGUCUGUCAGCGGGGGGAAGCUGCCUGAAGCGGAGGUGCAGAUAGAAGUCCUGCACAAACCUUUUCUCUGUCACCGAAAGUCAAAAUACGGAGACAUCCUGUUGGUACAUCAUGAGGGGUACUUGGAGAACGGGACCCUGAUUCACUCCAGUCGAAGUCAUGGAGACAAGCAGGCAGUGUGGUUCACUCUGGGUAUCAGAGAGGUGAUCAAAGGCUGGGAUAAAGGCCUGCAGGACAUGUGCUCUGGAGAGAAGCGGAAACUCAUCGUACCUCCAGCUCUGGCCUAUGGGAAGGAAGGGAAAGGCAAGAUCCCACCUGAGAGCACACUCACCUUCAUCAUCGAGGUGCUUGAGAUCAGAAAUGGACCGAGGUCACACGAGUCCUUCCAGGAGAUGGACCUCAACGAUGACUGGAAGCUAUCGAGGAAUGAGGUGAAAGAAUACCUCAGGAAAGAGUUUGAGCGCCAUGGCUACCCUGCCAACGACACCCUACAUGAGAACAUGGUGGCUGAUAUCUUCGCCAAAGAGGACGAGAACAAAGACGGCGUCAUUUCCUCCAGAGAGUUUACCUACAAACACGAUGAACUCUAAAUUGUCUUUAAUGUGCCAAAAAAUUCACUCAAGUCACUCGUUCAUGUUGUCUUCCAGUCUUCUGUGAGUUCACACAGUAGAAAUACUUUUGUGCUUUUUUGAGUUCAUUACUGAAACUGUCUCAGGUUACAUGAAAUAUGUAUGAGGAAUUACUCUGCAGGACUUAAGCCAACAGCCGAUUAUUUCUGUUUCUUUUUUUCUUUUGAGCAGAUUUUUACAUUUGUGUGUAUUUGCACAGGUCUUUUAAAGGCACCAUGUGGCACAUUGACAUUUCAGAAAAAUAAUUUUCAUUCAUCUUGUAUACACAUUUUGAGACUAUUUUCAUUGUUUACAGUUGUCUCUUAUUUGUAAUAAUAAAAAAGGAGUAAAUGUU